CAACGGGCCAUUUUUUCUAAUGAGAAUAUAUCCAAGAAGUGUAAUGGAGGUUAUUCCUAAUCAAUAUCGGAUCCGACUCUAAUACGUCAUGUGAUCUUCCCUCCGCCACGGCACCACGGCGCAUGAUCAACUUUUGAAACCUUUCGAGCCAGGUCACCCCCCGCCGUUGAUCGUUGAUCGUCUUCCUUUGUACCAUCAUCAUCCCCAUUCUCAUCUUCUGUACAUACUUUCGUCCAUCCUUCAACCUCCUCAGAGAACCUAUCCCUGUAUACCCAACGACCCACGUUUGACUCGCUUGGACAUACCUUUGGAUACUCUUGGAGAACGCAACCAUCCAUCGCCCCCGGCGGCUAACCUCUGAAGACUUGAAGCAGAUAACGGGUCCUGACAUGGUCACAGACACGUCGGUGACAAUGAGAUAAAGUCUUGACAAUGCUGUAUAAUACCGGCGUCAUCCCAACGCUUCGCCCUUCUUGACACUCAAGAGAUCACCAUGGAACAUCAAAACAGCGACGAGGGCUCCGAAACGACGGGCAAAGGCCUGUUCACGCGCAUCCCACUGCAUCCCAGAUUGGCCAAGGCCUUGCAAAUAUGCUCGGAGCAGCUCAACUUUUAUCGUGUCCAUGUCAUCUACUUUACCAUCACACCACUGGUAUUCUCCGCUAUCCUGUGGGCAUCGGCUACUGAUGGCUUCACCAUCGAAUAUAUCGACAGUCUGUUCAUCUGCAUGUCAGCAAUGACUGUCACCGGUCUCGCGACGAUAAAUCUGUCCACAUUGUCCGGCUUUCAACAGACCCUCCUCUUGAUCCUCAUGUUGAUAGGUAAUCCGCCAGUCAUCUCGCUCGUCACCAUCAUUGUCAGGCGACACUUCUUCCGGUCUGCCUUCAGGCAUGCGAUACAUGAGCGACAGAAACGAGAAAAAAGCUUGUCUUCCGGUGUAACCAACACCUUGUCACGCGUAACGACGCGGCCCAUCACCGCCAUUCGCAAGCGAUUCAGCGUGCACCUCAAACCGUCUGAAAAGCCAGUCGUCGAGAGACAUGGCACCGAACACGUCGGCGGAGGUCACUCCGAUCCUUCUGUCGAGCUCAAGUCGGUACAAGCAAGCGACCCACCAACGCCGAGAAAGUCCAAAUUCCACCGAGGGGGCAAAAAGGUCAACAACAUCUCCAAAGCCAUGAUCAAGCGUGUUGAGGGGGGAGGAGUAGGAUUGAUCAAUCCGAUGGGAUGGUAUGAUGCGGAACGAGCAGAAACACCUAGCCCGUCUCCCGCUCAACCGACGCAUUCGAGUGGCUCGACGACACGUGGCGGCGACAGAUCUGACGAAGAAGUCUUCGUUUCGGAUGAUGAAGGGGAAAACCCGCCGCCAGCAAAUGGCAACGUGAAUGACAUUCAAGCCCCAAAACCGGUGAAACCUAUCUCGCCUGUGCUAAAAGGGACUGGAGAACACAUACGAAGCCCGACACCUCCAUCUAUCACUAUUCCGACCAUACUAACCGGAUCCCAUGAUGACGCGCCAGUGGUUGAGAGUCCUCAGCACGAAGUUCCGCUCGAGAGACAACCUUACGCCGGGAGGGUAUUGAGCGAUGACGCCUUUCCUCGUUCAAGGACGAUUGCUUUUGACGAUCCAGAUGAUGGAUUCAGCCACGACCAUCAGGCCAUCACGACGGGAAGGGAAGGCGGAUACAUGCCAAGAACGGCGACUUACCGAAGUCAGACUGAAGGUCGCGUCCCCAUGACUGCGACCAGCUCUCUGCCCCGUACCCAUUCUCUGCUACCCUCCGCUAAUCGGAAGAAAGAUACAAGGCUGUCCGGAUUCGGAGGAUUCCCGACACCUUUCGAGCUUAUUCGUUCCGCUGUUGAGCACGUGUUCCCAAAGGCCUCUAGCGGUCUCGGUAAAUCCUUGACCAUGCCUAGGACGUCGACAAUCGGAGGCAGAGGGACGAUUGCUCCGGGUGACUCCACUACUAGAGAAGUACCGUACAUCUCGUUCACAGCUACCGUGGGGAGAAACAGUCGAUUCACCGGCUUGACUGAGGAACAGAUGGAUGAACUUGGUGGUGUAGAGUACAGGGCUCUCAAGGUGCUGCUUUUUAUCGUUAUUGGUUACAUCAUCUGCUUCCAAAUGGCAGCUUUCGUCAUCAUUGCACCGUCUGUUGCUGCUCAUGGGCGGUAUCAGUAUGUGUUCAAUGAACAGCCUCGGCAAGUUGGGAUCCCGUGGUUUGCUUUCUGGCAGGCAGUGUCCGCAUUCACCAAUACGGGCAUGUCAUUGGUUGAUCAAAGCAUGGUCCCGUUCCAGAAAGCGUACGCAAUGAUUAUCACUCUCAUUGUCCUCAUUCUUGCUGGAAAUACUGCCUUUCCGAUCUUUCUCAGAAUUAUAGUGUGGUGUAUCUACAAGAGUGUGCCGCGCAGGAGUCGAGUCAAAGAGACUCUCAAAUUUCUAUUGGAUCAUCCGCGAAGGUGCUUUAUCUAUCUCUUCCCCACGACUCAGACUUGGGUCUUGGCAUGUGUCGUCUUAUCCUUGACCCUCACCGAUUGGGUCAGCUUCCUAGUACUCGACAUCGGGACACCGGCGAUCGAGGCCAUUCCCGUGGGAACCAGGAUUGCGGACGCUUUCCUGCAGUCUGCUGCAGUCCGAGCUGCCGGUUUCGGCAUCGUGCCACUGUCUGUACUGGCUCCCGCUGUCCAGGUUCUCUACGUCAUCAUGAUGUACAUCUCCGUUUACCCCAUUGCUCUAUCCGUUCGAGCCACCAACGUUUACGAGGAAAGGUCCUUAGGAUUAUACAACGAAGAGGACGAAGAUCGAGAGAUGAAUGAAGCGGAAGAUGGCAAGGGAGCCCAAGCGGUGGCAAAGUAUCUCGGUUGGCACGCCCGGAGACAACUAGCAUUUGACAUCUGGUGGCUGGGCUUUGCACUCUGGGUCAUUUGUAUCAUAGAGCGCGGUCCACUAAACGAUGCCAAUAAUGAAGGCUGGCUCAACAUCUUCACUAUCAUCUUUGAGCUCGUCAGUGGAUACGGCACGGUCGGGCUGAGUCUCGGAACGCCGUUCACCAAUUAUUCCUUGUCAGGCUCUUUCCGCAAACUGUCCAAGCUCGUGUUGGUCGUCGUCAUGCUUCGAGGGCGACAUCGUGGACUUCCAGUAGCCAUUGAUCGAGCCGUGAUGCUGCCACGGGAUUUCACUGUUGCAGAGGAACAAGCAUUCGAGGAACGUGUGGACAGGAUCCGACGCAUGUCCAGACAGGGCUCGUUUGAUGUACCGGAAGAUUUUUUGGGUCAGCUGAGACGCGGUCGAUCGACUACCAAUAUGUCUUCAGGAGACGCAUAUCAACAGCCUGGGACAGCGACGGUGACUCCGACAUCUGCCCCGUGGAAUCGAGAGCGUUCGUCGUCGCCUCCUCAGGGAAUGAAAAGGCAUUCGCGGACAGGAAGUCAUUCAGCGUCGGGCCACACUGGAACUCAGGUCUCGCAUGCCCCCCCAAGUCCGAGUGUACUGCAUUUCUUGCCUUCUCGGAAUAGCUCUGAGCGACAGCGUUUCAGCUCUCCUGCAGUUCAUGUCCAAACGGCGGGAGGAAGUACCCCUGUACCGGUCACACAUGGUCAUGGCUUGUUAUCUCCUGUCGAAGAGAGCACAAUGUCGAGGACGAAUACCGCCACCGGAGAGGAAGUGCACCGCUCUUCCGUCUGAUCAUGGUUGCAAUGUAGUCAAGGUUGUAUUCGAACGUCUUACUAUAUAAUCAAUUCCAGCACUCUGUAUGUACUCGUCUCAUUUUCACUCAUGCAUAGACUAGAU